AUGCGACUAUUAUUAAUUUUUACUGUAAUUUUUGUAUUCUACCUAGCAAUUCUGAAGAGAGAUGUGAAUGCUCAGCAGCAGGGAAUCGAUUCCGAGGAGGGAGAUGCGGAAACAUUCUUUAACCGCACCUAUUCCGCUCAUCAGUCUGACUUGGAAAAACGCAUUUUCCGCGGGUACGACAUCAAAAAGCGUCCGGUGAAGAAUGCAUCCGUUCCAACCGUGGUUGAUGUUCACUGGCAUGUCAUUCAUGUCUCAAUUAAUCAGAAAGAGCAAACAAUGACGCUACAUGGACAUAUUUAUAUGCGCUGGUACGAUGAGUACCUAGUUUGGGAUCCAAAAGAUUUCGCUGGAAUACACUACGCUCGCGUCAAAAAGUGGCAAGUUUGGCAGCCGAAAAUUCGCGUUUCCAAUAGUGCCUCCGGUCUCGCGUCCGCAUUCGACUUCUCAACCAGCGCUCAUGUAAUCAUUCAGAUGGUUGAAAAGGACCGAGCAAAAGUGGAAAUGUACCCAACAUUCUCCAUAAAAGUCGGUUGUAUGUUUGAUUUCGGAGACUUCCCAUAUGAUCAGAAUAAGUGUUCGGUGAACCUAUUCGCGACUGAUACGAUGGCCGAAGUGCAACUUCAGAAUUUGUAUAAUAUUCCGCCAACGUUGAGUUUUGGAUGGGAAGAACAAAAAAUGAAGCGAAUCAUUUCGGAUUUCAAAAUUCUCAACGUCUCCGCUUCCCAAUUUUAUUACGGUAGUGGGAAUGUGUCAAAAACCGCACCAGUUACUGGUUUUGAGUUGGGCAAUACCUGGUCGAUGCUCGCGGUGAACGUGGAUUUCGUAAGGCAUAGUCCUUAUUUUUGGUCCACAAUUGUUGCACCGACUUUGGUAUGCACAAUGUUCAUCCAAGUCUCAUUUUUUGCUCCAACCGUAUCCCUGGCCUUCGUUAUCAACCUAAUGGCCAUUUAUCUCGAGUUCAUGUUCCUCCAAGAUAUCACUAUCAAAAUUCCCUUAUAUCUAUCCAAACGACCCUCCUCUAUUACUUUAUUCCAUAUUCUUCUUAUCAGUAACAUCGUCUCUGCCGUUUUUCAUGGUGUCCUUUGUGCUCUUUGUUCCACAAAAGUUCCAGUGCCUCUUCCCAUCCGAAAAAUCUACGCUGUCAAGGAUUAUGUACCCGCUUCUUGGAAGGAAGAGGGUAUGGUUGUGGAUUACGCUUGUGACACGAAUUGGACAGAAUGGACGAGAACCGCACGCCCAUUGGCUGGCCUAGCCAUGUUUGUCUAUUUCGUCAUCAUGUUCAUUUUGUAUCUUGUUGUGAGAAUUUGA